GAGCGAGAUUUCAAUAAUCCAUUAGCAAUUGGUCAAUUUUUAAAUAAACUCGUCGAGCUCACAAAAAAGGAAGGGAAACAAGUUAUAGAACCAAAUGCAGACAAUGAAAUCACAUCCGAUCUGUGUCAUGUAUGUCGGAUCACUGUUGAAGAAGAAUGUUACAAAUAUGGACAUUAUCGUUGGCAUAUUGGUUGCUUAAGGUGUUCUGGUUGUUCUCGAGAAUUGCGUACCAUAUACCGUGACGCUACAUUUAAUCAAAUUACUGAAAUGACGUUCUGUCCUGCCCAUACAAAUGAACAAGCCGCACCCGGAUUUCAAUAUGUCACGCAGUUAGAACAGUACACGUAUUUGUUACGUGUUGAAUUAUCUCGCAUGUAUAAUUUAUUGAAACGUAAAGAUGAACAUAGUCUAUCGGAUUACGAUGACAUUCGUAGUGGUAGAAAGACUAACAAAGAAGAAGCCGGUCUUGUUCGUAAAGAUUCACGUUCAAAGUCCUAUUCUAGCGGUGAUAAAUCAUAUGUAUCUCUUAAUACUGACAUAAAGCGUAUGAAGUCUGUUUUGGAUCGCAAAGUGUCAACUUCUGAGAGAAUUGCUAAGACAUCAAGGGUAGUAGAACAUGAACAACCAAAUACUUCACAGACUCAGGAAGAAACCUCUAAAGAUAAAUUAGCUAGAGCACCUUCACAACAUCAUGUCAGAAUUAUUGACGAUAAAAUGCCAGAUUCACAAAAUGGUGAUGCUCGUCUGAAAUUUGAUCUAGAAAAUGAAGCGAUUACAUUGGCUGAUAUUUCAGCAAUUGCAGCUGCAGAAAUGUCAACAGAAGAAAAACCAAAGAAAAAAUUCAAACGAGUAUCACGUUCUAAACUUUAUUUGUCUGAACUUUCAGGCCUGGAAUAUUUUAUUGUAAGGCAUGUAGCUGUUCUUAUUAUGGAACCAUACGUUAAGGACUAUUUCACCCUGGAAGAAUUGUUAGACUUGAUUGGAUCUAAGAAAGCAACAUUGUGGACGAAAUUUGUACAGCAAAUUAGACCUAAAGAGGUACCUGUAAAGAAGAAAG